AAGUUAGAUAUAGCCGCAUGGAAACCUGUUUAACGUUUACUUAUAUACAAUUUUUGUGCGCGAGAGAAUUGCCCAAAUAGUGUAUGAUGUUUUAAGGGUCGAUGCUGAACCAAAACGCAGUGGGGUUGUGAAAGUUUUGACUGUAGAAAACAAUGUACUUAAGGGAACUUUUACGGCAAACCAAGCAAGACAGUUGCGAGUGGCUAUAAAUAACUUCUUUGAGAAAGCAGACUUGGUGCUUGAAACCGUUCAGGUUAUGGGACCUCCAGUUAGUGAGAAAUACGAUUACUACUACGAAUAAUACCUAGAUGACGUUUUAAGAUAGUAAAUAGCAAAAUGCCAGAGCAUACACCAGCACCCACCCCAAGCCGGGCAGUUUAUGGUUUUGUUAUGUUUUUAAGUUUUAGGAUUUUCUUUAUUGUUUAUCUCAUAUGGGCCCUAGUGCCUGAACAGUAUUUUGAAUUUUUUGGUAUCGAUUUUUUACCACAACGUCACUGGGCUGUGUCGAUACCCAUAUAUCUUGGAACUGUAUUUGUUAUAUUUGGGUUCGCCAUCUAUCCAGGUCUGGGUCUUCUGAUAACGCCGGACAUUGACGACAUGAAGACCAUAAUGGAUGACGUCGGCAGUAAAAAGAGAAAAAACGGACCAUCGUUAAAUGUUUCUCCUACAGAGGGCGAGUGUGCAUGUAAAAAUAAGGACGAUUGCUGGAAGGAGUAUUAUGACUUACGUAGCGACGUUUCUCAUAAACGAAUUCCGGCCGUGAAGGAUUUGUGUAUGUGGGAGGUGUCUGAACAUUUAUACCUUUGAGUGGUUCAAUUUAAUUUAGAUUUAUAUUUUUUGUUGGAGAUGUUUUGGUGAUGAAUGUAUGUAAUAGAUAUCAAGGGUUUCCUGCCAAAAAGUCGUAUUAAUCAAAAUAUGGUUUUACACGACUUAAUGAAAACGUUUCAAAAAUUGUUAGAUAUAUCAUUUAUCAUCAAGAAUAAAUUUUCGUAUGUAUACGUUUUA